AUGAAAAACUUGUCAGGUCUACCUGCAGGUACUGGACCAUGCUCAGGCUCACUCCCAUUUCAUAUGUGGACCGAAGCUCAAACAUGCAUUGUGCUUGAUAAAAUCGCUUCUAACAAAGCAUAUUUCAGAUCAUUUAUCCUCCAGUCGGGUGAGAAGAAGAACUUUCAAAAAAAUAAACAUGAGAAACAGAUAUGUUUGGAAGUUUUAAGGGACACGAAAUGGAUGGAAUGGAUGAUCCGACAUGAUUGGAUCAUCAGAGAGGGUAAUGGUCAUCUUACAGCUAAAGAUGUAUGGCAUGCUAAUCAUAUGGCUAUAACUAUUUUAUUCAAGUCGAUCUUACAACCUUCUGCAGAGACGAUCAAAAGUGUACUAGGUCCUAUUUCAUCUGAAUCUGAUAUUCGCAUGGGAUCUCGAAGUCAUCAGAUCUGGACCCGAUGGCAAGAAUCUGGCAAAAAUCCUUGGUAUUUCAAAUAUGUGGCACUUCAACUUCGACGAGACUCAUCCUGGCUCAGAAAAUCGAAUACAUCUAAAAAUCCUCAUAAUACCAAUAAGCCCAACGAUCGAGUUCUUUCGUUCAAUGAUCCUGCCGGAUUCGACUCAGACGAUGAAGGGACAUAUCGACCAUUGUCAAGUGUAACAUCUGGAAGACCAGCAAUAAUCGCAAAAAAUAAGCGUAAGACCCAGCAGGACUGGCCAGGACGUCGAGUAUCCGACCGAAUCACCUGGUCUGAAUACGCCGCCAAUGCAAAUCAGGAGAAAGAUAUCCCCCCUCACCUCCGACAAGUCACUUCAUCAACUAUUACUACUCCAUCUUCAUCAAAUCUCAUCGAGGUGAACUCCAAGGGGUCUGAUUCCGAUUCGGAAUCUACCCAAGUUUCAAAUCCGAGGCCGAUUAUCAUCAUAGAUGACCAAUUCGAUCAGACCAUGCUCGUCCAUACACCCCCACACGUUCCACCACUGGACCAAUCGAUGAUCAUUGCUCCUGUUGUUGAUAUCGCAAGGAACAUCCCUUUGCCUCCCAGUCCGAUGUUAUCUGCAACUUCUUUGGUGGAAACAAAAGAGGAUAGGUCAUAUGUUGAUUUGGUCAAGGUAUUAUGUAGAAUACUCAAGCUGGAAUUAGACAAAAAACCUUCCCAUUGUAUGGACAAAACAGAGAUAAUUAUCUCGAAGCACUAUUACGAGCUUUAUCCCUACAUCCCUCAACUGGUUACCUCUCUCGGAGGCGGUAUCUUUAUCGACUCCAAAUCGCCCAAAACGCUUACUUGCGGGGUACAACGAUAUGCCAUUGAUAGAGAUCGGUCGUUAGGCAGGUACGGUAGCAGCAAAUCGAACACAUUGAUCGACGAUGGGUCCCCAAGGUUGGAUUUCAGCGGGCUUUUCAACCUCAUUCGUGAUCUAAAGGAGAAAGAACUUUCACCUGGAGCUGAUGAUAACGAUUCAGGUGAUCUUCUUACUUUCUAA